AUGGAAUAUUCAACGCAUGUAUUUAUUCAACAAUCACCUAUUACCGAACAAAAUUUUGAAUCGAAACUUCAAGAUAUAUCAGAUCAAAUAACAACAAAUGGUUGUAUAUGUUCAAAUGUAUUUGCUCCAUUUACAAAUCUUGCUGUACAACAAGCAGUAGUUUCAUCAAGACAUAUCGCUUUUUUACUUCAAGAUGGUCGAAUAUGUCGUGUAUCAUUUCGUAUACAAGCUGAUAAAAUUGAAUUAAAUCCAACAGAUACAACAAAAACUAAAGUUAAACAUGUAUCUUCUCAAAUAACUCGUUCACAAUCACGUCAAUCAAUUCAUCGUUUAAAUAAUUUUGAUCGACCAACAUUUGAAAAUCUUGUUCUAUCAUCAAAUUCAUCUAUUACUCCUAUAACGAAUACAAAUGGACAAAUUGAUUUAUUACCACAAUUACAAACUGGUUAUCCAUUAAAUCGACAACGACAUCAUUUAAUUCGUACAGCACGUGGACGAACAGGAAUUAUAUUUGGUUCAAGACCUAUAAUUCCAGCAUCGAAUGUACCCGAUGAAUUAAUUGAACAAGUUCAAGUUGUUCUUCAAGGAAAAUCACGAAAUAUUAUUCUACGAGAAUUACAAAGAACAAAUUUAGAUGUUAAUAUGGCUGUAAAUAAUUUACUUGCACGUGAUAAUGAAGGUGAUGAAGAUUUUGAUGAUGAUUAUGUUGGAGCUGAUCUCAUUUCAUUACUUGAUGUUAAUCCACAUAGUGAACAUCCUGGAAUUAUACUUGAAUCAGAAUUUUUCGAUGAAUCUGAUUUUCCUUUACGAUAUAGUAAUAUUCAACGAAGAGUUGUUUCAGCAAGAAUUGCUAGUAGUGUAAAUAAUAUUUCAUCUUCAUCAUCUACAAUAAAUUCUACUCUUGGUGGUGAACAAGCAACAACAAAUCCUUCAAUAGUAAAUUCAUCUACUACAGUUACAUCUUCAACAACAUCAAAUGAUCGUGAUCGUAAACGAACACGUUAUGAUCCACGUUGGCUUGAUGGUUCUUUACGUGAAGAAAUUUUUAAUCGUAUUGAUCGUGAAUUAAAACCUGAUGAUUUAUCAAUAGUUAAAGAUUCAAAUAUUAAAAUAAAUACAUCUAUACGAAAAGAUCAAUCUCAACAUUCUACAUCAAAUACAACAACAAAUUUAACAUCAUCAUCAUCAUCACAAAAUCCAAUUAUAUUUAGUGAUCAAUUACAAUUUUGGACUGAUACAAAUUCUAAUGAAAUCUAUCCACGUUUUACACAUAUAGCAUGUCUUUAUUCUGAAUUAAUUGCUAUAAAUAUAAAUGGACAAUUAUGUCAAUGGAAUUGGCAUGAUGAUUAUCCAUAUCAAGAUUAUGAUAAUUUACAAAUAAAACAUUCAAAAACUUUAAUAUUACAAUUAUUAAAUGAAAAAAUAACUAAUCUUUCUGCUAAUCUUAUUCGUGCAUCAAUAUUAACAGAAACAAAUCGUAUAGCAACAUGGAUUGAUGAAUCAUUAGGUACACAAGUUAAUCUUAAAUUUCAACAUUCAUUACAAAAUUUUUCAUCUAUACGUAUUAUUGAUAUACAAACAUCACCAUUAUAUACAAUAUUUCGAACAGAUACAAAUGAUUUAUAUUGGUAUGGUUUAUUACCAUAUAAACCACGUAAAAAAUUACUUGAACGUUUAAAAGAUAAAACACGUCAAAAAAAUCGUACAAAUACGCAACAACAACAACAAAUUAUAACAGUUGGUUGUUCGGUUUGUUUAAUAUCAAAUCCAUAUUAUAAUCAAGGUGCUUGGGCUUUUUAUAUACAUAAUGGACAACCAAAAUUAGGACAAUUAAUGGAACAAGCAUGGAUAUUAUCAAAUACAGCACGUUUUCGUAUAAAAACAUAUGAUUUUAUAACAAAUAAAAUUCGAUAUGAAAAUGAUGAUAAAAGUUCAUUAGAAAUGCCUCCACCACCAUCACCAGCAUCAUCAACAUGUAGUGUAGAUUCAAAUACAAGUUUUGUAUCAUCAUUAAAACGUAAAAAACAACAUACUAAUUCAACAAUAGGAACAAAUUCAUUUUUAACAACAAUUGAUGAUAAUGAUUUAAAUGAACAACAUAGUAAAAUAAAAGAUGAAGAAUAUUGGCCAUUAGAUGAAGUUAUUUUUAUUGAAGAUUGUCGUGUAGCACCAAUUGGAAAAGUUAUGAAAAUUGAUGGAUCACUUGUACUUGUUAAAUUUCCAUCACAAAAUAAUAAUGAUACAAAUAUUGAUGGAAAUAAUCUUGAAAAUUGUCGAAUUCUUCGAAAAGAUGAUCUUCUAGUCAUUAAAGGUAAUCAAAUUCCGAAAACUCCCGAUUAUUCAUUAUCACUUUCAAAUGCAAAACGAAUAUCAUUAGAAAAUGGAACAUUAUUAACAUUUUCAGUUGAUAAAGAUUAUCUUCAUACAUUACAAUUACGUGAUACAACUAUUUACUAUAUUAUGUAUGAAGUUGGAAGUAAUAAUGGUUUAUGUCGUUCAAUACGACAAAAUAAUUUACCAUUAAUUAAUAAUCGUCAAUCAUUAUUAUCAUUUAUUAAUGAAAAUAAAAAUUUUUUACAUUUAUAUACAUUAAAUUCAAUUGAUAUUUCACAUAUAUUAAUUGAUAGUAAUCAUUUAAUUUAUCCAUUAAUUUAUAAUCAAGAUAAAACAAAUAUAAAAGAUCCACAAUGGAAAAAUUUAUUACCAAUUAAUUAUUUUUCACAAGGAAUAAUUCCAUUAAAAAUUAAUGAUAAUUUAAAUAAAAAUCAUAUUAUAUUAAAUAUAAUGCAAAUACAAAAAGGAAUUUUAAUUCCACAUAUAUUACGUUAUGAUAUUGAUAAAAUACGUUCAAUAUUAAAUGAUAUUGAAAUAAAUAAAAAUUAUGAUUUAUUAAAAUUAAUUUUAGAUGAACAUAUAGAUGGUUAUAGAAAUAUAUUUCAUGCUUGUGUAUAUAUUUCAAUACCAAUAACAAAUAAAGAAUAUUUAAUAAAUGAUGAACAAAUUCAAAAUGAAACAAAUAAUAAUCUUAAACGUAUUUCAUUUGCUAUUGAUUUUCUUCAUUCACAAACAAAUACAGAUCAUAAUGAAGUAAAUUCAACACGAAUAAAUAAUUCAUCGAAUAUAAAUGAACAAUCUAUUAAUGCAUGGCCACCAUCAACGAAUGAAUCUUCAACUUCUACAGAUGUACAAUCAUUAUCAUCUCCAAUAAUGUCACCUGGAUCGGCAUCAAAUUUUUAUAGAAGUUUAUCAAGUGGUGUAACAACAAAUGCUGGUUCAUUAUCUCCAUCAUAUACAUCAUCAAAAGUUCAACAUCUUCAAAAUCAAGUUAUUCAACAACAACAAAAUUAUUCAUGUGGAUCUAUGAUAAAUUCAACAUCAACAAUACGUUCAAUACGUUCAAAUUCCAAUGAUUUUUCUGUAUGGUCAUCAUGUAAAUAUGAUGAACGUGAAAAACGUUUACGUGCAAUAAAAAUUCUUCGUCUUCUUCUUGAUUAUUCAUUAUUUCAAGACUAUCUUUUAUCAUUACUUAGUUUUCGUAAUUUUGAAGGACAAACACCAUUUAUGUAUGCUAUUAAUACACGUGCUUAUCAUAGUGCAUUAAUUUUAUUUGAAUAUGCUAGAAAAAUAGCUAAACAUGAAUCAUCCUAUGAACAAUCAUCAUCAUCAUCAUCAUCAUCAGUAGAAUUUUUUCUUGAAUCAUCUUCAUUUGAAACAAUAAAAUUAUCUUAUAAAAAUUUUUUACUUCGAAUGAUUUAUCCAUUAACAUCAAUAAAUUCUGAUUAUUCACCAUUAUAUACAAUAUGUACAAAUGAUACAUGUUCAUUUACAUGGACAGGUGAAGAACAUAUAAGUCAAGCUAUAUUUGAAUGUAAAACAUGUGGUCUAUCAGGUACAUUAUGUUGUUGUAGUGAAUGUGCACAAACAUGUCAUAAAGGACAUGAUUGUCGUUUAAAACGUACAUCACCAACAGCAUAUUGUGAUUGUUGGGAAUUAUGUAAAUGUAAAUCAUUAAUAUCUGGUGAUCAACAAAAACGUUUUGAAUUAUUUAAAUUAUUAUUAAAUGAAAUAAAUCUUAUUGAAAUUAAAAAUUUACAUUAUGAAAAUUUAUUAUUAUAUUUAGUACAAACAGUUGGAAGACAAAUUAUUGAACAACAACAAUUUAUUCGAACAUCAACAACUACUAUAUUACAACAACAAGCAAGAAAAACACGUGAACAAUUAUUAAAUAAUACAUCAAUUAUAACAGGAUUAAAUCCAUUAACAAAAAAAUUACAAAAUCAAAUAAUAUCAUCAGGAAUAACAAAUACAAAUCAAAAUAUAUCAAAUUCUAUAGAUUUAGAUACAAAUAUUCAAAUGAAUAAUAUUCCAGAUCAUCAUUUAGAACCACCACAAUUUUGUCGUCGUGCUCUUGAAUUAAUUCUAACUGAUUGGCCAAGUGUUAAAUCUAUGUUAUUAUGUGGCUGUCCUGAUGAUCUUGAUUUAACUUUAAUAAAAAUGAAAGAAACAUCUUCUCCAAUAUCAACAUCUUCACCUAUAAUGUCAACAUAUAAUAAUGAAAAUAUUUUUUCCUUAGAUGAACAACAACAAACAAGUCAAUUAGAUCGUUUUACUUAUUUUCUUAUUGUUAAAUGUAAUACAAUCAAACAAAUAAAUUCAACAUCAAAAACUUCAACAACAACAACAACAACAACAACCAAUGAUCUUCUUGAUAUAUUAUUAAAUACUUUAAUACGUGAAAUAUCAAAUCCAAUUAAUCAUGAUAUAGCUUAUUAUAUAUCAUCACGUUUUGUACGUAGUGUUAUUCGUUUAUUUAUUAUAUUAAGUCUUCAAAUAACAUCUGAUAAAACUUCUACAAUUAAUUCAACAAUAAAACGUAAUAUAACAAAUUCAAAUUUAUCAUCAUCAUCAUCAACAACAUUGACUAUACCACAAUUAAUACUUGUACAAUGUAAACGUGUUUUUCAAACAUUAACAAUUAUAUCUGUUCAUGCACUUGUACAAAUGGCUGAUUUAUUACUUUCACCUGUUCGUCAUGGUAUAGCUAAACCAAUAGCUAUGUUUAAUCUUUUAUCAACACAUACAGAUAUAUUACAAAGUCUUGAUGAAAUAUUUAAUAUUGAUUCUGAAUAUUAUCGUGCAUAUCAACGUUAUCCAAAUAAUAAUAAUAAUAAUAAUAAUAAUAAUACAAAUGAAAAUAUUAAUGAAAUAAAUAUUGAUUUAAUAGAAGAUGAUGAUAAUAAUUCUGAUAAUCAAUCUCAACAUGAAAUAAAUAAUUCAAAUACAACAACAAUGACAGCAAUACGUGAAAAUCUUUCAACUAAUUUAAGUGAUAAUGAAAGUGAAAUAGAAUUAGAAUUACUUGCUGAAUCUGAUACAGAUAAUGAAAGUAAUCAUAGUGGAUUAAAUACAAAUACACAUCGAACAUCAGCAAUAACUGAAAAUGAACAUAUGACAUUAUUUUCUGAUGAUGAAAAUAAUUCAGAAUCUGAUGAUGUUGAUAGUGUUCGAAGUGAUAGUGUUUUAGGUGAAGGUGAUGAUACAAGUCAACAUGAACCAAUGAUAUUUGAUGAUGCAAGAGAUAAUUUACCUAUUACAACAACAACAAGUAGUGGAACAACUAUAACAAAUGAUCGAUUAGUUUCAAUAUCAUCAACAACAAGUAAUAAUUCAAUAGGAUUAAAUACACAAACAGUUAAUUCAACAAAUAAUCAUUUAAAUGUACCACGAUUAACAAAUAGAACAGCAAUUACGGGUUCGAUGUUUGUUGGUGAUAAUCCUUCUCGACGUCAUAUAACUCCAAUAACAACAAGUACUACUUCAAAUAUAAAUCAACCAACAUCAUUUCAAUCAUUUCAACAACAAACAAAUAAUAUGUCAGUUAAUAUAACAAAUUCCUUAUUAGCACGAGCUUUUGGUAUUCUUAUUCGACAAAUAACUGAUUUACUUGUUCGAUGGCCAUCAACAUUAUCUGCUUCAUCUUUAUAUCAUAAUGUAUUAACAACAACAACAACAAUCAAUGAACAAAAUACAUUUGAUACUAUACAAAAAGAAAUUGAACAAUGUUUAUUACCAAGUUGGCAAUGGUUUGCAACAAUAAUGGAUUCAUUUGAAUCUCAAAUACGUUUUGGUAUGACAUUAAGUAAUUUAGUUCAUAAUGAAAAUGAUACAACAUUACAUGGUAAUCGUUUUCUUAAAAAUCUUAUUGAACGUACACAAAUAGAAACAAAGAAAAAAUCAACAACAAAUCGAACAAAUAAUUUAUCAACAAAUGGUAAAUACAAAAACAAAAAACAAUCAACAUCACAUUCAAUACUUUUAAAUGGUUCCUAUGAAUAUUUAUUAACACGAUGGAGAUUUUCAAUAGAAUUAUUUGUAAAAUUAUUUUUGGAUGAUGUUGGUAAUGAACCUGGUUCAAUAAUAAAUGAAUCAAGUGGAUUUUCUGCUCGUGAACAACGUUUUCGUCAUGAUAUGGAAAGAUUUAAAAAUACAAAUCAAAAAGAUAUUCGUUUUGAAGCGAUGGAACGUGAUCGUAUAUUAUUAAUACAAAAAACAUUUCGAACACUUAAUUCAUAUUAUUAUCGUAAUCAAAAUAUAAAUUCAUCAUCAUCAUCAUCAUCAUCUAUACCAUCAUUAGCUGUACAACGUGUUAAAGUUACAUUUAAAGAUGAACCUGGUGAAGGUAGUGGAGUAGCAAGAAGUUUUUAUGCAUCAAUUGCUGAAGCUAUUUUAUCUGAAGAAAAAUUACCUAAUCUUGAAUUGAGUACAUCAUCUACAACUCAAACACUUUCCGGUUCUUUAUCAUCUUCUCAAUCUCAACAACAACGUUUAACUCGUGAACGACGUACAGCAUUAGCAACAUAUUUACGUAGUGAUCGACGUUCAUCAUCAAUACUUCUUUCAUCAGAAGCACGUCCAUUUAAAUUAAAUUUACCAUCAGAAUCAACAACAACAACAACAAAUAAUUCUGAAUCAUCUAUAAUUGAACAUUGGACACCAAAUAAAAUAAAAUUAGGUCUUAGUAUAUAUCCAAAAGUUGCAGCUAUUCAACCAUUUCAUGCUGAAAAAAUUACUGGAAUGUUAUUAGAAGGUUUACCAACAUUACAAUUACAACGUAUAAUUAAUAUUGAUGAAGAUUUAAGAAAUCGAAUUGAUGAUGCUAUGAAUAUUUUAACAUCAUCAUCUAAUACACGUGAUAUACAACAAAAUGAUUUAUCAAUAACAAAUGAACGUUUAUUAAAUAAUAAUUUUACAUAUGAUAAACAAUUAAAUGAAUAUACACCAUUAUUUUGGCAACCAGAUAAAAAAGGUGUUUAUGCACCAAGACCAGGAAAAUAUACUCCUGAACGUUUAACUGCUUAUCGAAAUGUUGGAAGAUUAAUUGGUUUAUGUUUAUUACAAAAUGAAUUAUUUCCAUUACCAUUAUGUCGUCAUGUAAUAAAAUAUAUUUUAAAUCGAUCAAUACGUUGGCAUGAUUUAGCUUUUUUUGAUUCAAUGAUGUAUGAAAAUUUACGUCGAACUGCAUAUGAUGCAGAAAAAAAUGGAUCACAAUAUAUUAAUGAUUUACAUUUAACAUUUUCAAUGACUGUUACAGAAAAAGAGGGAGGUGAAACUUAUGAUCUAAUACCUAAUGGUUCAUUAAAAGAUGUAACAUAUUCUAAUCUAUAUGAAUUUAUUAAACGUUAUGCUGAAUUUCGAAUGAUUCAUCUUGUUGAACAAUCUCUUCGGCAUUUACGUUUGGGUGUAUUUGAUGUUCUACCAUCAACAUCACUUGAUUAUUUAAGUCCUGAAGAUUUUCGUUUACUUCUUAAUGGUACAACUAAUAUAAAUAUAACAACUUUAAUGACAUAUACAACAUUUAAUGAUGAAAGUGGUGAAAUAAAUGAACGUAUAAAUCAAUUUAAAAAAUGGUUUUGGUCUGUUUUAGAAAAAUUUAAUCCUAUUGAAAGACAAGAUUUAGUUUAUUUUUGGACGGGUAGUCCUACAUUACCAGCAUCAGAAGGUGGAUUUCAACCUCAACCAUCUGUUACCAUUCGACCAGCUGAUGAUCAACAUUUACCAACAGCAAAUACAUGUAUUAGUCGUUUAUAUGUUCCAUUAUAUUCAUCAAAGACAAUCUUAAAAUUAAAAUUACAGUAUGCUAUUAAAACGAAAAUAUUCGAUAUGUCAGGUUUAGAUAAUGUUAAACGAGUUAUUGCGGUUUUAUCAGGCAAAGGAGGAGUUGGUAAAUCAACUGUAGCUACACAACUUGCUUUAUCACUUUAUUCACGUAAUCUUCGAGUUGGUUUACUUGAUGUUGAUUUAUGUGGACCGUCCAUUCCGAGAAUGUUUGGUGUUGAUAAAAAUUCUAAAUCGAAUGUUGUUUAUGAAACAACAGAAGGUAUGACACCAAUUGAUAUCUUUUCAUCAUCAAAUGAUACUUCAAGAUUUAAAUUAAUGUCAAUGGCAUUAUUAUUAGAUAAUUCAAAUGAUGCAAUUAUUUGGCGUGGACCAAGAAAAACUGCAAUGAUUCAACGUUUAUUAAUAGGUGUUAACUGGGGUGAACUUGAUUAUCUUAUUAUUGAUACACCACCAGGUACAUCCGAUGAACAUAUAGCAGUUAUGACUAUACUUAAACAACAAAUACAUGCAAAAGAUUUUUUACGUGCAAUUCUUGUAACAACACCACAAAUGUUAUCAAUAAAUGAUGUACGACGUGAAAUAACAUUUUGUCAAAAAACUUCAUUUCAAAUAAUUGGUUUAAUUGAAAAUAUGAGUGGUUAUGUAUGUCCAUAUUGUAGUGAAUGUACAAAUAUAUUUGCACAAGGUGGUGGAAUUUUAUUAGCUGAACAAUAUUCGAUACCAUUUUUAGGUAGAUUACCUAUUGAUAAUAAAUUAAAUGUAAUACUUGAUCAAGGUAUUCAACAAGUUGAACAUGGUUUAGAAACUAUAUUAGAAACUGAAACAAUGAAAUUAUUUAAAAAUAUACUUGAUCAUAUACUUAAUCAUUGGGAAUAA